AUGAAGCCAGCUGCCAAGAAGGCACCGCUGCCGGACAGCUCUUCUGAUGAUGAUGAUGAGCCCGUAAAGAAGCCAGUGGCAAAGAAGGCAUCACCUGCAAUGAAGCCAGCUGCCAAGAAGGCACCGCUGCCAGACAGCUCUGAUGAUGAUGAUGAGCCCGUAAAGAAGCCUGUGGCAAAGAGCAAGGCAUCACCUGCAAUGAAGCCAGCUGCCAAGAAGGCACCGCUGCCGGACAGCUCUUCUGAUGAUGAUGAUGAGCCCGUGAAGAAGCCAGUGGCAAAGAGGACAUUGCUUUCUGAGAGGAGUGAUGAGGAAGAACCUCCGAAAAAGAAUGUUCGUGCGGAGAACGGUUCACAUGAGAAGAAGUCAUUAAACAAUGACUCUCAAGAAGGCUAUGACCACAGAAACGAUAACCGCAACGGAAACGGUGGUAUAAGACGUUUUGAGCGUAUUGAUCCGACAAAGGUUGUUUUUGUUAAGGAGGAAUUGAAGGACAACCGCCCAGGGUCAGAGCAUAUGGUUCUUAGACAGAAUCAAGAAAUGAUGCGGGUAAAGGGUAAGAACUUCAAUAAGCUAAAACAGAAAAAUAAGGCGAAAUUUUACGCUGCUGGUGUGGACACGACUGUGAGGGCUUUUCAGUUUGACGAUAGUGACUAA